AUGACUGAAAUUAACUCUGCCUAUGCCCUCUCUCAGGCUCACAAGGAGCUCAUUGAGACUUCUCUCCGCGACAGUGACCCUGAGGUCCAGAAGAUCAUGGACCUCGAGAUUCAGCGUCAGCGCGAGUCUAUCCUCUUGAUUGCCUCAGAGAACGUCACCUCCCGCGCUGUCUACGAUGCUCUCGGCUCCCCCAUGUCCAACAAGUACUCUGAGGGAUACCCCGGUGCCCGUUACUAUGGUGGUAACGAGCACAUCGACUCGAUCGAGACUCUCUGCCAGCAGCGUGCUCUCCAGGCGUUCCACCUCGACACUGAGAAGUGGGGUGUCAACGUUCAGUGUUUGUCUGGAUCUCCUGCAAACUUGCAGGUGUACCAGGCUAUCAUGAAACCCCAUGACCGUCUUAUGGGUCUUGACCUUCCCCACGGUGGUCAUUUGUCUCACGGAUACCAGACCGCUACCAAGAAGAUUUCAGCUGUCUCAACUUACUUCGAGACCAUGCCCUACCGUGUUGACCCUGCAACCGGUAUCAUUGACUAUGACAUGCUCGAGAAGACUGCCGUUCUCUACCGCCCCAAGACUCUCGUUGCCGGUACCUCCGCAUACUGCCGCAACAUUGACUACGCUCGCAUGCGCAAGAUCGCUGACCUCGUCGGCGCCUACCUUGUGGUUGAUAUGGCUCAUAUCUCUGGUCUCGUUGCCUCGGAGGUUAUUCCUUCUCCUUUCCUCCACGCUGAUAUUGUCACCACCACUACCCACAAGUCUCUCCGUGGUCCCCGUGGUGCUAUGAUCUUCUUUAGGAAGGGAUUGAGAAGCGUCGACAAGAAGGGCAAGGAGACCUACUAUGACUUGGAGAACCCGAUUAACUUCUCCGUCUUCCCUGGUCACCAAGGUGGUCCCCACAACCACACCAUCACUGCUCUUGCUGUUGCUCUCAAGCAGACCUUCUCCCCCGAGUACAAGUUCUACCAGCAGCAGGUCAUUGCCAACGCAAAGACACUUGAGGAGGAGUUCUGCCGCAUGGGGUACAACCUCGUCUCUGGUGGAACUGACUGCCACAUGGUUCUGCUCGACCUUAAGUCCGUUUCUCUUGACGGUGCCCGUCUCGAGGCUAUCCUCGAGGCUGUGAACAUUGCCUGCAACAAGAACGCUACCCCCGGUGAUGUUUCAGCUCUUUCACCCUCUGGUAUCCGUGUCGGUACUCCCGCCAUGACCACCCGUGGUUUCGGUACCGAGGAGUUCAAGCGUGUUGCUCAGUACUUCGACACCCUCAUCAAGCUCGCCAAGAAGAUCCAGUCAGAGCUUCCAAAGGAGGCCAACAAGCAGAAGGACUUCCGCAAGUAUGUUCUCUCUGGACAGGUUCCAGAGCUCAACGAGAUGAAGAAGGAGAUCGCCGCGUGGGCAUCUACCUUUCCUCUUCCCGUUGGUCCUGCCUCAUAG